AUGAUGACUAGGGAGAGCAUAGAUAAAAGAGCAGGAAGAAGGGGUCCUAAUCUGAAUAUUGUGCUAACGUGCCCGGAGUGUAAAGUCUAUCCACCAAAGAUCGUUGAGAGGUUUAGCGAAGGGGAUGUCGUAUGUGCUCUAUGCGGUCUAGUGUUGUCUGAUAAGCUAGUUGACACCAGAUCUGAGUGGAGAACUUUUUCCAACGAUGAUCAUAAUGGUGAUGACCCAAGUCGUGUUGGUGAAGCUUCAAAUCCAUUAUUGGAUGGGAAUAAUCUAUCAACAAGGAUCGGGAAGGGUGAAACUACAGAUAUGAGAUUUACUAAGGAACUAAAUAAAGCACAAGGGAAAAAUGUCAUGGAUAAAAAGGAUAACGAAGUACAUGCCGCCUUUGCUAAGAUCACUAUGCUGUGUGAUGCCGCAGAAUUACCCAAGAUUGUAAAAGAUUGUGCCAAAGAAGCGUAUAAACUUUGCCACGAUGAAAAGGCGUUGAAGGGAAAAUCUAUGGAAAGUAUAAUGGCUGCUUCCAUAUUGAUUGGCUGCAGACGUGCUGAAGUGGCGAGAACCUUCAAAGAAAUUCAAUCAUUAAUUCAUGUCAAGACCAAAGAAUUCGGGAAAACUUUGAACAUAAUGAAAAACAUUCUGAGAGGCAAGAGUGAAGAUGGUUUCCUGAAGAUUGAUACUGAUAAUAUGAGUGGUGCGCAAAAUCUUACUUACAUCCCUAGAUUCUGUUCUCAUUUGGGUUUGCCGAUGCAAGUCACCACCUCUGCUGAAUACACUGCGAAGAAAUGUAAAGAAAUUAAAGAAAUUGCAGGUAAAUCUCCUAUUACUAUUGCUGUUGUCUCCAUCUAUCUAAAUGUCCUUCUCUUUAAGAUCCCCAUCAGUGCAGCAAAAGUUGGUCAAACUCUGCAAGUUACCGAAGGUACCAUUAAAUCUGGUUAUAAAAUUCUAUAUGAGCACAGAGACAAGCUCGUAGACCCACAACUGAUUGCUAACGGUGUAGUGUCCUUGGACAGCUUACCGGGAGUAGAAAAGAAAUGA